CACAAACUCGCCCCGCUCCGUGGUGGCAGUGGCACACUUUACCCCGCCAUCACGGGAUCGGCCAACGGGCAAGCCGCCUUGCGCAACAGCCGCCUGACACUUUCACGGGCCGGAAACCUGGGCCAUGGGAGGCGUCCUGCGGCUUGCUCGGCGCUGCGGAGGCUAAACGGCCGGUUACGUAGCGACGUCGGUGUGGAUUCUCCGUUCCUAGGACACUGGACACAAUGACACGUCCCGAACAAACGACUACUAAAGAUCGUUGACCCGCCCUUGAUCGCCUUCUGUUCCAUUCUAGCUCCCAUCGCCAUCCCUCCCAGGAAGCUCCAGCCUCAAGCUCCCUCGGCAUCUCGAAGCUCCACCCACCACCGCUUCCGGCAGUCAUUCAUACAAGACCGUCCACCACCCCAUCCCACUGCAAUUCCAAUCCACCGCCUCCCGUGACAGCUUCACUCAUCUUGUCCCGUAGAUUUAUUGAUACCCCAUAUCUUGUAUGCUCCCAAUCCGAGACUAUUCCUACCGAACUCAACUCACACCCCGCAGCAUCUUGAUAGCCUCAUCCGUCUACCUACGUCGAUCCACAAUGGCUCCUCUCGUCCCACAUUGGCACCGUCCCUCGCACCCCGACAUCCAAGAAGUCGUCGAGAACCCUGCAGAGUUCACCACCAAGAGCAUCUCCCGCGUCGCUCUCCCUGCCUUCUCCGUCUUCGCCAAGUUCGACUUUCCUCCCUGCACCCCGGCCUCGGAGCCCACCUACGCUACCGUUCAGACCGGCCGCGAUACCCACCUCAACCUCAACAGCGAUCUGUUGUACAUCAACCACUCCUGCGAGCCCUCUCUCCACUUUGAUGUGGGCAACCUCAAUAUCUUGGUCGGACCCAAGGGUCUGAAGGUUGGCGACGAGCUCACCUUCUUCUACCCCUCUACAGAGUGGUCCAUGGCCCAGCCCUUUGACUGCCUGUGCAACACCCCGACCUGCCGCGGUCGCAUUGCCGGAGCCCGCGAUAUGACCGACACCCAGCUCGACGGAACCUGGCUCAACGGGCACAUCAUCCAGCUGCGUGCCGAGCAGCGCCGUGCAUCCGAUCCGACUGCAGCCGCCCUUGAAGACGCCGUCAGCCUCGCUGAGAAGGUCCUCGAGGCAGCCCGCCUCGCUCUACGCACUUACACUGGCGUCCCUAGUGCCAAUGGCAAUGGUAUCUUCAACGGUAAGGUCGCCAACGGCGGGCUAAGCAAGUCGCCUUCUGCGCAGCACCGCGACGUCUCCUCGAGAGCUCUUGGUGGUGAGAUGGGUGGUGAUACUAUCCGUGUCUGAGCUGGGGGGAGGGGAUAGGGCCUUUGGCGACUUGAUGGUGGUGGCUGAGAAAUGUUGCUGUCGUCGAGGACCCAAGGCCCUGGAACACAUUUUCAAUUCCGUAGUAGGAGAUUUCAGGUUCUUAGAUUGGUGAAAUAUUAUGCUGUUUUGAAGUCGAGACUGAA